AUGCCUCGAAGAUUUACCGUGGCGCUCAAUGCGUCUACAGCCCUACGCUUCGGCCGGUUAACAGCCCGCAAUGCACGACGCUGCUACUCAUCCGAAGCCGCGAAACCCGAACCCGUCCUUCGCGUGACUGAGCUCCCCGCACCGGGCUCGGGCCAUAUCCGCAUCUUGGAACUCAACCGGCCGGCCGCACGCAAUGCCAUCUCUCGAGAGCUGUUGUCGUCCCUCCGCGAGGAAAUUGACGCGGUGCAUGCGCAAUACGACGAAGCGACGGGCGAGGAGAUCCCGACGCCGUCGUGGGAAAAGAAGUUUGGGGGGAUAGCGGGGGAUAGCGAAAGGGGUCCGACGCGGGCGCUGAUUCUGGCGUCGGCCGUGGAUACCUCGUUCUGCGCCGGCGCAGAUCUGAAAGAGCGGAAGACGUUUACUCAGGAACAAACCGCCGCAUUCCUCCUGAACCUUCGCACGACCCUCACCUCCCUCUCAACCCUCCCCAUACCAACCAUCUCCGCGAUCUCCUCCCUCGCCCUCGGCGGCGGUCUCGAGCUCGCACUAGCCACCCACUUCCGCGUGCUCAGCUCCAACGCCAUGGUCGGCCUCCCCGAAACCCGCUUGGGCAUCAUCCCCGGCGCAGGAGGCACCUACCGCCUGCCCGCACUCAUCGGCAUCCCGCGCGCGCGCGACCUGAUCCUGACAGGCCGGCGCGUGUCAGCGCCCGAGGCCUAUUUCCUCGGUCUGGCCGACCGGCUGGUGGAAAUCGCGCCGGAGAACGAGGAGCAGGCGAAGGUGUGGAAGAAGAUGGAGGAGAAGGAGAGGGAUAAGAUGGUGUUGGAUUUGGCAAGGAAGAGUGCGCUGAGUGAAGCGGUGCGGCUGGCGGGGCAGAUUUGUGAGGGUGGACCGAUUGCGGUGCGCGCGGCGAUUCGCGCGGUGGAGGAGCCGAGGGAGCUGGUGGAGAAUAAUAUGUACCAGAGGGUGGUGAGCACUGAGGAUCGGGAUGAGGCGUUGCGGGCGUUUGCGGAGAAGAGGAAGCCGGUGUUUAAGGGGAGGUGA